CGGCAGCAGCGGCCCGGCAGAGGCGGCGCCGCUGAGGCGACGUGUCCCUGGCACGGCCGAUGGCCGCCGCCCGCCGCGCCGCGCUCCGCGCCCGCGCUGCCCGAUGUAUUUGAAGAGGCCGGCGGGCGGCCUCGCCUUCUGCCUCUUCUACCUGGCCUCCAGCUUCACCAACAAGUAUGUCCUGUCUGUCCUGCAAUUUACCUACCCUACCCUUUUUCAAGGGUGGCAAACAUUGGUGGGUGGACUUCUGCUUCACAUCUCCUGGAAGCUGGGCUGGGUGGAGAUAAAUUUGUGUUCAAGGUCUGAAAUCCUGUCAUGGCUUCCUGCAUCUGUACUUUUUGUGGGCAUUAUUUAUGCUGGCUCCAGGGCACUGUCUAGAUUGCCAAUCCCGGUGUUCCUCACUGUGCACAACGCGGCAGAAGUCAUAACCUGCGGGUUCCAGAAGUUUGUGCAGAAAGAGACCUCUCAUCUGAAAGUCUGUAGUGUGCUGUUCCUCCUGACAGCAGCAGUGUGCCUUCCUUUGUGUGACACACAGUUUGAUCCAAACGGAUAUUUAUGGGCUCUAAUUCACUUGAUCUGUGUUGGUGCUUACAAAGUGUUUCACAAGUUGUGGAAACCUGGAUCUUUAAGUGAUCUAGACCAACAGUACAUCAACUAUAUAUUCAGUGUAGUGCUGUUGGCCUCUGCAUCUCAUCCAGCAGGUGAUCUCUUCAGUGCCUUGGAUUUUCCAUUCCUGUAUUUCUACAGAUUUCAUAGCAGCUGCUGUGCCAGUGGACUGUUGGGAUUCUUUCUGAUGCUGCACACAGUGAAGCUAAAAAACAGCACAACCUCAGGGCAAUAUGCAGCCUGGAGUUUCCUUGCAAAGGUUAUCACUGCUAGCUUAUCACCGUUCUUCUUUGUCAUGUCUGCCAAUGUACUAACAAUUUCUUGCCUUGUGAUCGGUGGAGUUGGAGAAGCAUUGCUUGUUUACACUGAGAGGACAGGCACAUAAAGAGGAACCAGAUCUCACCAGCUGGAAAAGCCUGCAAGCUGCUGACUUGCAGCCUAGAGACCCUAUCAUGAAAAAAAAAAAGCGGCUGCAGGAAUGAAGAAGUGCAACUGAAUGUGAGGAAAGGGAUCAAUUUUUUAUUUUUUUUUUUAAUUAGGAAAAGAACUUAUGCUAUUAAUAGUGCUGGUAAGGGAGCAGCAUAGCUGGCAAAGAUGGUAAGGAGCCUUUGCCUCAAAGCACAAGACAAACUAUAUCAGAUUGACGUGGUAAAGGAAAAACUGCACUGUCUCAUGCUGAUGGCUCUGUGUGAGCACCACUCAGUAGCAGCUUCCUGCACAGGGAACUAAACUCAGGAAAAGCAGCAUUCCCCACUGGAUGCACCCAGUGGUUUGUUUUUUUUUUUUUGUUUGAAGCAGACAGCAGGUCAUACCAAACAAUGUCAGAGCCCAGAUCCUGCCAUAAAUUCAGGAUCUGGAAGGAUGAAUUUUGCCUCCAACUGUUCUGUAAACAGCAAGCUGCCACACACAGGUCUCUAGUCAUCAUGUUCUUUGAACUGGCACAGGGACUGAGGCCAAGGGGCUUGUGGAGAUAAUCCCCUUCUGGAACUGUGGCAGUUUGACAGCUUUGCAGAAAGGGAAAAUCAGCAAUAAAUUUCUAUAUCUGUA